CAACCCCGGCGGACAGAGAAGUGAUGGGUUGGUCUGACCAAUCAGAGGCCGCCCUGCAGGACGCCUUGGAGACAGCCAACUGGGAACUGUUCCAGCUCUGGUGAUGACAUCAGCGUGUUUACGGAGACGGUUGUGGGAUUUAUUGGGAAACUAGUGGAGGACACUAUCCCCAAUAGAACCAUCGAGGAGUUUCCCAACCAGAAGCCGUGGAUGAAUAAAGGCAUCCGUGACGCUCUGAAGUCCUGCACCGCCGCCUACAACACAGGAUUCGCCACCGGAGACAUAGGACCUUACCGGGCCGCAGAGCCAUGAGGGAGGCCAAACAGAGGUACAGGGAGAAGCUGGAGUCACAGCUGCAGCAGAGGAACACCAGGGGACUAUGGCAGGGACUAAGAACUGUGACAGACUAUAAAGCAACACUGAUGCCCAUAGUGAGUGCUGACAUCUCUCUGGCCGACCAACUCAACAUCUUUUAUGCUUCGAGGCUCCCAGCAGAGAGGUGUGCAUCCUGCCCGGCCGAGAGGAAGAGAUGCACCGUGACGGAGCAUGACGUGAGGCUGAUGUUUAAAUGCAUGAAUACCAAGAAGGCUGCAAGACCUGACGGUAUAACAGGCCGUGUCCUGAAAGCCUGUGCCAACCAGCUAGCAACCAGCUCACUCUCCCAGUGCAUCAUCCCCAGGUAUCUCCAGGGGCGACCACAGGAGGCGCUGGCUCUCCUCAGCCAAUCAGAGGACAGGACCAGGGAGUGUUACGGCGAUGACAGCGAGCGACGACUCAUCGUGACGUACGGAGACAUGGCCUGGAUACACUAUCACCAUGGAGACCAGAAACAGGCGGAGAGCUACUGUAGCAGAGUCCAACACAUACUGGUGAAGCAUCCCUCCGGUUCCUCUGAGCUCCUCCCGGAGGUGUUGGGGGAGAAGGGCUGGACGUUACUCAAGUUCUCCAAGUCCUUGUACCCUGCAGCCAUCGAGUGUUUCCGUGGCGCCCUGCUGCUGCAGCCCGACCACUGGGAGUGGAACACGGGUCUGGCCAUCGCUCUGUACCGCACGGAACCACACCCGGCCGUUCUUGGAACACCUCCCGAAGAGUCCCUGGCCACCAAGCAGCUCCGCCGAGCCCUAAAGUUCAGCCCUGAUGACGGCGUCCUGCUGGCCCUGCUGGCUCUGAAGCUGGUGCAGCAACACAAAUACCACGAGGCAGAAGCUCUGGUGGAGCGAGCGCUGGUCGGACCCGACGAUGACCAAGUCAUCCGCUACGUAGCCAAAUACUUACGAAUGCAGGAUCAGCUCGAUCAGUCCAUUGAUCUGCUGCACAGAGCACUGAAGGGCAGAAGCCAGUCAGCUUUCAUCCACCACCAGCUGGGUCUGUGUUACCUGAGGAAGAAGAAGAACCUUCUGUCCAACAAGCCUAAACCUGAAAAAGAGGUUCAGCAGUGGAGGCGCCUCAGUAUUCAUCACCUGGAGGAGGCGAUCCGGCUGAAGAACGGGCUGAAGAGUGCCAAGGCUGACCUGGCUCUGCAGUACGCUGAGGAGUCGGACAUGAAGAGAACUUCUUUCAAUCUGUUGGAGGAGCUUCUGUUUCUGUUGUGUUUCAGAGCCCAGGAGAUGUUUGAUGAUGUUCUCCAGGAGCUGGAGGAGGAAUCCCCCAGCAUCCGUCAGUCUAUGAGUCGCUGCUACGCUGAGUUCUGUCACUACCACAGCAUCCAGAAGGACGUCGCCAUCUCCUUCUACAAGAAGGCUCUGGAGUUCAGCACCAACACAUCAGACGGGAAACACUGUGCAAAGAAGCUGAAGCUGAUGGCGGAGCGCCGUCUCAGGAACAACCCGGCAGACGGCGCCUCCUACGGCAUUCUGGGAUACGUGGCCCGAGCCGAGGGCGACUACAAGCGGGCGGCGGGAUUCUACGAGGACGCUCUGGAGAGAGAACCCGAGAACACUGAGUUCCUGUCGGUUCUGUGUGAACUCCGUCUGCAGCUGUACUGAGUCACAACCAAAAAACAACACAACAAGAACAUACACGAAACGUAGCAAGAACCUCUGAUAUAAACGAGCAAAUCCUUUAAAUAAACACAACUGUUAGGAGAAAGGGUUCAGGUUAGAAUGUGUGAUGAGAACCCUGAGUCUGAGGAAGACCACGGUUCUGGGUGAAAGCCCAGCAGCUCACUGACCUUUUAGUCAAGUUUGGCCUCAUUUUGGUCCAUUUUGAAUUCAUUCUAGACGUGUUUGAAAUCAUUUUAGACAAUUUUAAUGGUCUUCAAACAGCUUUCAAAUGUUUUCAUAGAAAGUUUCGCUCAUUUUGUUCAUUUUUAUCUUGUGUUAGACAGUUUUGUUCAGCGGAGUUCAGACGGCUACUAAAUAAAUCAUCUGAGAGCAUCACGUUUUCACAUCAGUCUCUGAAAUGUUUGUUACAUCAAAUUGUUGAUAUUUGAAAAGACGUUGUGGAAAUAUUUCCUUCUGAACUUAACCAAUGAGUCCUGUGUUACUGAAAUAAAGAGAACCAAGAAAAGAA